UGUCACGUCAAUCGAACCGGAAGUUACGUAUUUCUAUACGUCGUCCACGUAGCUGGUGAAAUUAAUGUCAGUGGUGGUUUUUCGUCAAUCACAGAGAACAGUGUUUGAAGUAACCGCAAGCAGUACGCAACAAAACACAAUCAACGAUGGAUCAAGUCACGAAAUUAGUUGAACCUGGCCGCCAAUUUGCCAAAGACAGCAUUCGUCUUGUCAAAAGAUGCACAAAACCAGACCGCAAAGAAUUUCAAAAGAUAGCUAUCGCUACCGCCAUUGGAUUCUGUAUCAUGGGCUUCAUUGGUUUCUUCGUGAAAUUAAUCCACAUUCCCAUCAACAAUAUCAUUGUAGGCUCAUAAGGCUAGGCUACAAUUGAAUUGUUUUAACUGUUAAGGUCCAUCAGCGUUAACGCCCCCAACCCCUACCCAUCCUCCACUUCCCGACCUCUUUAAUUUAUAUCAAAGAAAUUAUUAUGGCUGAAUUACAGUAUGUGAUGAUAUGAGUGUGUGAAAAUGAAUUUUGUAAUAAAACGAGUAUUGAACAAAAA